AUGGGUUAUUUGGACGGGAGGGUCCGCAAGGGUGGGAAGCAGAAGAAGAGACGGCGUCGCGGACUAUUCAACUUUAUUCGGGCGCCUACGCCGACCACGGCACCGGGCUAG